CGCAAUCACUUCCCUAUGAGGAUAUCACGAUAAAUACCAAUUUUACACUGGCAUGAUAAAUAGAUACUGAAAAACACAACAAAACAAAAUUGCAGCAGCCACUUGUCUCAAUAAAGAGUAUUUAUUUACAAAAUGGCGCCCAAAUACACACUUCACUACUUCGACAUACCAGCUCGUGGCGAACCUAUUCGAAUGCUUUUCGCAGUCGCUGGUGUUGAGUAUGAAGAUAAGAGAUACACGUUUAAUGACAUACCUUCAAUAAAAGCAAAUGAUAACUUGUUCCCUCUGGGACAAGUCCCUGUACUAGAAGUUGAUAGCGAGUCCAUUUGCCAGUCACACAGUAUUACGAGAUUUUUAGCGAACGAAUUUGAUUUAUAUGGUAGCACGAACCAAGAGAAAGCAAUUAUUGAUCAGGUGUUGGAUACAUUGAAACAUUUGCAAGAACAGGUAUUAGGCGCAUAUCUCUGGAAAAGCACAGAGGAGGAGAAGAUCAAACAGCUAGAAGAUUUACAUAAGGACUACAUUCCAAGAGUAUACAAAAUGUUGGAAACAUUUUUAAAGAGAAAUAACAAUGGUGAAGGUUUCUUGGUAGGAGAUAAGAUGACACUGGGAGAUGUUAUGAUCGUCAACAGUAUCGAGACACUACAGUUGCCAUUCAACUUAAAGAAAUACGAAAACUUUAUCGAUAAAUAUUCUUUACUUAAAGGUUACAAUGGAAGAGUGAGGAAUGCUGGCAAUUUAAAAGAAUAUUUAAAAAAACGUGGUCCACCCACAUACACUAGGUUGAUAACACCCAAAUUUUGAUUUAUAUAUUUUUUUUAUUUAUGUGUAAUCUUUGCCUGUUUGUAAAAUUAAGAAAAACAGUUUUUCUGAAAAA